AUGCACUGGACACCCUACCUCAUAUGAUUCACAUUUCCCUGGAAAGAUUUUGUUCGUUAAGACACCUUAGUCCCUUGGAAUAAACCCCAGCUUGCCUCACAUUAGUAUUAUCCUGCAUAAAGUAUAAGACAGCAGAGCAGGGCAGUAUUUUACAUAAAAGCACCCUGGGCUGUGUGUUUGUGAGGCCAGAAACACAGGGUGGUGCAAUGACCUAAUGAACAUUCACCUUCACUUUAAAGUACAAUGUGUCAGGGCAGCAGUUCUCUGAACUUUAUCAGGAUGUGAACAGACAUACCAGCCCUAGUAAAGUGUUAUAACGUGGGUAGAAUCUAGUAUAAAAAUAUUUUUAUAUUGAAAAAUCAAAUUACAGUGCGAUAGGGAUUGGGUAAAUUGAUGCACAGGCUGUCAGUGAUAAUUGUCACAGAUUCUGAUAAUUGUAAAAAAAAAAAAAAAAAAAAAUUCUCAAAAAGGAUUCAUUAUGUGUGACUCACAAAUAUUAUCUGUAUGCAAUAUAUGCAGAGCAUAUCUUUUUCCAGUUAGUAAUAUUAUUAUAUUUCUGACAGAUAACUGACAGAUUUAAUCAUGUGAAUAUACCCCUGAAAAUGCCUAUUGUGAAACUGAUUUCCUGAUACUUUCCUUCGCACUAUUUACCUAUGAUGGUCAUUCACCCCUUUAAAGCACAACCUGCUGGACACUUACCUUAGCGUAGUACAGCCAAUGACAUGCUCAAACACCACACAUAUACAAUACACCUUCCACGUUAAUCUGCCUUGUGUCACUCUGACAUCAGUAAACCGAUUUCAUCAAACGCUGAAGAGAUGAUUAAACCAUAGGCACAUCUUUGGCAAAUUGGAACUGAUAUCUGAAGUCUUCUCGUUUUCUGAAAACAAGCUGGAAUAGGAAGCACAAUGCCAGGAUCUGUAAAGCUGCGCAGCAUUAAAAGGUUUGGACAGGAGAACGAUGGCUAUGAGUUUUCCGCAGAAGAGCGAGAUGCAGAAUACAUGACAAUGGCAUCUUCGAAGAACCAUAAAAAGUUCAAACCAGGCCAGAAGAAGGAAGAAGCAGCCAUCCGCGUUGGGUUCUUUCAACUGUUCUGCUUUUCCACAUGCCGUGAAAUCCUGAUGAUGAUUUUUGGGAGUUUGUGCGCUAUAAUACACGGCUCUGCCCAGCCACUCAUGCUGCUCGUGUUUGGGUUGCUGACUGACACAUUCAUUGACUAUGACAUUGAGCUGAACGAGCUGCGAGAUCCAGCCAAACACUGUCUCAAUAACACCAUUCAGUGGCGGAACCUCACAGCUGAGGACAACUUGGAGCUCAAUAUGACCAGAGCCUGCGGGCUAUUAGAUAUAGAGUAUGAGAUGACUAACUUUGCUUACUACUACGUUGGUAUUGGGUGUUCUGUCUUCGUGCUCGGAUACGUACAAAUCUCUCUGUGGGUGACAAGCGCUGCCCGACAGAUCAAGAUCAUCCGGAAGCUCUACUUCAGCAAAAUCAUGAGAAUGGAAAUCGGCUGGUUCGACUGCAACUCUGCGGGUGAACUUAACACACGCAUGUCCGAUGAUAUCAAUAAGAUAAACGACGCCAUUGGGGAUCAGGUGGGAAUCUUUAUUCAGCGCUUCACCACCUUUGUCUGUGGCUUCCUCAUGGGAUUUGUAAGGGGCUGGAAGUUGACACUGGUCAUCAUCUCUGUGUCUCCACUCAUUGGACUGGGAGCUGGGUUUAUGGCUUUGUUUGUGGCAAAGCUAACUGGUUGGGAGCUGCAGGCCUAUGCUAAAGCAGGUGCUGUUGCAGACGAGGUCCUGUCCUCCAUCCGUACCGUGGCAGCAUUCGGUGGAGAGAAGAAAGAAGUGGAAAGGUAUGAUCGUAACCUUGUCUCAGCUCAGCGCUGGGGCAUUAGAAAAGGCCUGAUCAUGGGAUUCUUCACUGGCUACAUGUGGUUCAUUAUAUUCCUUUGUUAUGCGCUGGCAUUUUGGUAUGGCUCCAGUUUAGUGGUGGACACACAAGAAUACAGCCCUGGAACCCUACUUCAGGUGUUUUUUGGGGUGCUUAUUGCCGCAUUGAACCUGGGACAAGCAUCUCCUUGUCUGGAGGCAUUUGCUGCAGGCAGAGGAGCUGCUACUAUCAUCUUUGAGACUAUUGCCCGUGAACCAGAGAUCGACUGCCUGUCUGAAGCUGGCUACAAGCUGGACAAGGUGAAAGGAGAUCUGGAAUUUCACAAUGUGACCUUCUACUAUCCUUCGAGACCAGAAGUGAAGAUCCUGGAUCAGAUGAAUCUACAGGUGAAGUCUGGGGAGACUACAGCUUUCGUGGGGCCAAGUGGGGCAGGAAAAAGCACAACUGUACAGCUCAUCCAGCGCUUUUAUGACCCCAAAGAGGGCAUGGUCACUCUGGAUGGUCAUGAUAUUCGUGGUCUGAAUAUCCAGUGGCUCCGCACACUCAUCGGCAUUGUAGAGCAGGAGCCAGUUUUAUUCGCCACAACCAUUGCUGAGAAUAUUCGCUACGGAAAACCUGGUGUAUCUGACAGCGACAUCAUCAAAGCUGCCAAAGAUGCAAACGCCUACAACUUUAUAAUGGACUUACCACAGAAAUUUGACACGCUGGUUGGUGAGGGUGGUGGACAGAUGAGUGGUGGCCAGAAACAGCGAAUUGCAAUCGCUCGAGCCCUGGUGCGAAAUCCCAGAAUCCUUCUGCUGGACAUGGCAACUUCUGCACUUGACAAUGAGAGCGAAGCUAUUGUACAGGAAGCUCUUGACAAGGUCCAAAUUGGUCGUACCACCAUUUCCAUUGCCCACCGUUUAUCGACAAUAAAGAAUGCUGAUGUGAUUGUGGGGUUCGAGCAUGGGCGAGCUGUAGAGAGAGGCAAACAUGAUGAGUUGAUGGACAGAAAGGGUGUUUACUUCACUCUAGUCACUCUACAGACCCAGGGAGACAAAGCUCUCAACCAGAAAGCCAAACAGAUGGAAGCGGAGGCUGCUGGAGAGCCUGAAGCAGAGAGCAUAAAUCUUUCUCGGGCAGGAAGUUAUCGGACAAGUCUAAGGGCCUCCAUUCGUCGCGGGACUAAAUCCCGUUUGUCCAACAUCAUUCCAGAAUCCUCAGUAGCAAUUGCUGGGGAACUCGGUCCACAGUCCUACUCUGAAUCCUAUGUUUCCCAGUUCAGUAAAAAGGGUGUCAUUCCUGAAGAUGAGGAAGAGGAAGUAGAACCAGCUCCUGUGACUCGAAUUCUGAAGUACAACGCCCCAGAAUGGCCUUACAUGGUUUUUGGAACUUUUGGAGCCGCUGUGAAUGGAGGAGUCAAUCCAGUGUACUCGCUGCUUUUCAGCCAGAUCCUGGCGACAUUCUCGAUGCCUGACCCUGCUGCCCAGAGAAGAGAGAUUGAUGGAAUCUGUUUGUUCUUCGUGUUAGUCGGUGUGACCACCUUUUUCACACAAAUGCUGCAGGGUUAUGCGUUUUCUAAAUCUGGGGAGUUGCUGACACGUCGAUUGAGGCGCCUGGGUUUCCACGCCAUGUUAGGCCAAGAGAUCGGCUGGUUUGAUGACCACAGGAAUAGCCCGGGUGCUUUGACCACUAGACUGGCCACAGAUGCUUCACAAGUCCAAGGAGCCACUGGCGCACAGAUCGGAAUGAUUUUGAACUCUCUGACCAACAUUGGCGUAGCCAUCAUUAUCUCCUUCUACUUCAGCUGGAAGCUCAGUUUGGUCAUCAUGUGCUUUCUGCCUUUCCUCGCACUUUCCGGAGGCUUCCAGGCCAAGAUGCUUACUGGUUUCGCAAAGCAGGACAAGGAAGCAAUGGAAGCAGCUGGUCAGAUAUCUGGUGAGGCGCUGAACAAUAUCCGCACCAUCGCUGGUCUCGGUAAAGAGCGUAGUUUUGUGGAAGUGUACGAAGCUCAGCUUGAGGCACCGUACCAGGCUGCACUGAAGAAGGCUAAUGUAUAUGGUGCAUGCUAUGGAUUUGCCCAGUGUGUCGUCUUCCUGGCAAACUCAGCAUCUUAUCGUUUUGGUGGAUACUUGGUGCGCCAUGAGGACCUUCAUUUCAGUUUGGUUUUUAGGGUCAUCUCUGCCAUCGUAACCAGUGGAACAGCUUUGGGCAGAGCCUCCUCAUACACACCUGAUUAUGCCAAAGCGAAGAUUUCUGCAGCUCGCUUCUUCCAGCUGCUUGACCGUGAUCCCAAAAUCAAUGUCUACAGUGACAAAGGCGACAAAUGGGCUGAUUUCAGAGGAGAUAUCGAGUUUAUAGAUUGUAAGUUCACCUACCCGAGCCGGCCAGAUAUCCAGGUUUUGAACGGCCUUACUGUAAGUGUGAAGCCUGGUCAGACUCUUGCUUUUGUGGGCAGCAGUGGCUGUGGCAAGAGCACUAGCGUCCAGCUGCUUGAGAGAUUUUACGACCCAGACUUAGGACGAGUGCUAAUCGACGGACAUGAUUCCACUCGAAUCAACGUCCCGUUCCUACGCUCUAAGAUUGGGAUCGUUUCCCAGGAGCCGAUUCUGUUCGACUGCAGCAUUGAGGAGAACAUUCGCUAUGGGGAUAACCAGAGGGAGCUCAGCAUGGAUGAUGUCAUCUCUGCAGCCAAGAAGGCCCAGCUCCAUGACUUUGUCAUGUCACUUCCUGAGAAAUAUGACACUAAUGUGGGCUCCCAAGGGUCACAACUCUCACGUGGUCAAAAGCAGCGCAUUGCCAUCGCCAGGGCAAUCAUACGAGAUCCGAAAAUCCUCCUGCUGGAUGAGGCUACAUCAGCCUUAGACACAGAGAGUGAGAAGACAGUACAAGAGGCUUUGGAUAAAGCGCGAGAGGGCCGCACGUGCAUCGUCAUCGCCCAUCGUCUCUCCACCAUCCAGAACUCUGACAUCAUAGCAGUGAUGUCACGUGGGUUUGUGAUCGAGUGCGGCACGCACGAUCAGCUCAUGUCCUUAAAUGGAGCUUAUUACAAGCUGGUCACGACUGGAGCACCAAUCAGCUAGUUGUUUGCUAUGGUGCCAACUCAUGUUAAAUGAUUUCCAAAUAGUUAUGCUAAUGUAUAAAUAAAGUGUAUUAUUUAUAUUCGUGAGAUUGAGGAAAUAGAGUCAUGGCUUUAUGACCUGUUCUUUCACAAAGAUUUCACUGAUCCAAAGACUAAGUCAAAGAUUUGAAAGAAAUUCAUGUCUAAUUUGAUAUAGAACCAUGAAUGAUGAAUGAUGAAUGUGCCUUAUUGACUCAUUGUUGUUGCUCUGUUGUUGUUUGUACAGAAUUAAAGAAUUGUAACAUUUGA